AUGGACGUACUGGAGCUCUCGGCGCUGCCGCCGCUCUCGCCUACAAUCGAGCGCGUCUUCUCCGAAGCUUUCGCCGAUCUAUCGGACUUGGACGAUGAUUACGACGAAGUGGCUCUGGCCACGCUCAAGCCGCACAAACGGCCGUCCAGUGAUGUACCCACUGCGACCACAAUGCUCAAACCUGGUCAUACGACCCGACCGCUAAAUAGCAGCAGCUGUAGCAGUAGCAGCAGUAGUAAUAGUUGUAGCAGUCGCACUAAUAGUCCUCGGACCCUUUCGGUCCUGUCGCCCACGCCGGCAUCCAUGGCGUCCGUCCUGCAUAACCAGCAGCAGCGCAAGAAGGGGAUCCGGAACAUCAGUCCCAGUGGUGGGAAGAAGCACCAGACGCUCCUAAAGGACAACGGGAUGGAAGACAAACGUGCUCGACGGUCAGCUAUUGAGAAAAAGUCAAGACAGAGACGGCAGCGUGUGCUCAAGACGAUGCGGGACGAGGUCCAGCAGCUCGAGACGCUGUACAGUGCCAUGGUUGAGAAACGCCAGUCGACGUCGCUGGCGACGGGGUGUCAUUCCUAUUGGAAAAACGAAGACAUUUGUAGAAAGAGCCAGUUGCUCGCGCCAGCACGGGCAAGUACUUUUUAUGUUGACGAGCUGGCGUUGGCAAAAAAGUACGCCGAGCUCUCAAUUGUGAGAGGAGAGGAAGCCAAAUUGGAGGUGUGGGACACGGGCGUCCCACCAAGUUUGUCGUUCCAGGCCGAGUUUACGAAACUCACGACAGCGGAAUGUUAUGCUUUGGUGCGUGAAUCGUACGAGGCGAUCCAGCGGUUUCAGCAGACCGAGCACUUUAAGUCGACAGGUGCCAAUUUUAUGGGCUGGACGGAUAAGCGCAAGUAUGACGAGAGCACGGGGACGCUGCAGUAUGGAUUUACGAAGCAGUUUCCGUUGGAGACAGCUGAGGGAUUAUUGCUGAAGACGUGGGGCAUUUUUACCGAUGCGCGAAAGUUCAAAGACUUGUCGUUUGACCGUUCGGUUCAAUUUCGGUACCAAGUGUUGCAACAAAUGAACGACGACUUGGUCAUUAUUCGACGGGAUCAUCGGAUCCCGAAUAUUGACACGACAUUCGCUUCGGUGCAGGUUUUGUUCCGCAUGCAGACGCCGACUGGCUUCACGCUUUGCAUGCGCGCGAUUCCGUCUCCUGAGAUUCUACGCGUACAAGACGCCCAUGAGUAUUUCUACGAUUUAUUUCACUGGACGCACUUUAAUCAUAUGUAUGACGAGGCCGGCAACGUGGCGGGAUGCGAGUUGAUGACAGCUGGUUCCAUCGCCGACCAGAGCCAGCUCAAAUCCAGCUACUGGCUGUUCGAGAUCGUGUGCUCUACUCUGCGCUGGGAAAGCGUCUGUGUCGCACCUUUGUUUUUGAAGCAGACGUGA